AUGACUUCAAUUGAUCUAGGUGUCACUGCUGAUUUCCAUGUGCAUUUGCGUGAUGGUAAAAUGAUGGAGCUAAUCGCACCAACUGUGCGUGAGGGUGGUGUUUCAAUCGCCUAUAUCAUGCCUAAUCUAGUGCCUCCAAUCACCACUAUUGAAAGGGUUGUCGAAUAUAAAGAAAAGUUACAAGCUUUGGCUCCAAAGACAACAUUUUUGAUGACUUUCUACUUAUCAAGAGAAUUAACCCCAGAAUUAAUCCAUGAAGCCGCUAAAAUUAAAGCUAUUGCGGGUGUUAAAUGUUAUCCAGCAGGUGUCACAACAAACUCAUCAGCCGGAGUUGAUCCAAACGAUUUCAGUGAUUUUUAUCCAAUCUUUAAAGCAUUAGAGGAAGAAAAUCUGGUGUUAAACUUACAUGGUGAAAAACCUUCAAGUGAUAAAGAUGGUGAAGAAAUCCAUGUCUUGAAUGCUGAACCAAUGUUUUUACCAGCUUUAAAAAAACUACAUAAUGAUUUUCCAAACUUGAAAAUAGUAUUGGAACAUUGUACUACAAAAGCUGCAGUUGAUACUAUAAAUGAAAUCAAUCAAGGCAAUGGAUCUGGUCCAAUCAAAGUUGCUGCAUCCAUCACUGCUCAUCAUUUAUCUUUGAUUGUUGAUAAUUGGGCAGGUAAUCCAAUCAAUUUCUGUAAACCAGUUGCUAAACUACCACAAGAUCGUAAGGCCCUAGUCGCAGCUGCUACUUCAGGGAAACCAUGGUUCUUUUUUGGUUCUGAUUCUGCUCCACAUCCAUUACAUGCUAAGGCUGUUCAUGUUGGUGUUUGUGCUGGUGUCUAUACUCAGUCAUUGGCUAUUCCAUACAUUGCCCAAGUCUUUGACAAAGAGGGCAAAUUAGACAAACUGAAAGGUUUCGUUAGUGACUUUGGUAAAGAUUUUUAUGAAGUUAGUUCUGAUGAUCUCGUAAAUAAAGAUCAUUGCAUUUUGUUAAAGAAAGAACAAAAAGUGCCAGAUGUUUUAACUCAAGGUGACCUACAAGUUGCUCCAUUCAAGGCAGGUGAAAGUUUAGCAUGGUCUACAGAAUGGAAAUCAGUAUAG